AUGCCCCUCCCAGAUCUUUCCCUGCUUCUUCAUCAUCCUAUACCUCCUGAUGGCGCUGCAGAUUUCUCUGCGCUCAUUCGUCCACAUGGGGGAGCUAGUCCCUCUACGAAUCUACCUGGUCCUCAGCUCCCUCCCCAAAACCAUCAGCCACUUCCCCCGGACCCUCAGCUCCCUCUCUGGAGCCCACCUGACACUAGCGCUCAGUGCGCUCCUCCAAGCAUUUGGCCCGGUCCCACGGGCGCUCAGCACGCCCCCCCAAGUACUCUGCAUCCCCCCCCUCCUCAUUUUUCCAGCACUGGGGGCAGUCCAAUCAACGAUCCAGAUGGUGACCUCGACAACGACCCCCAUGCCGAUGACAAUGGUCCUUUUUUUGCCCCCCUUGGCAACGCACUGGGUAUGUUGGAUGGGGGGGACGUUGACAUGGACGAUGACAACGGGAUGGAGCUUGACUCCUCCCAUCGUCGUGUCAUCAGCCUUCACAGUCCCCCCAGGUUGGUGGGACAGAAGCGGCCAUAUGCGGCUUCCCCUUCUCCCCCUCCCGUGGAAAAAAACACCUUUCUUCUCCCGCGGAAGCCCCAGACACCAACAUACCACAGUCAUGAGGUGUUUGGCUCUGCUCCCUUCCCCUCUCCUUGUGACACUUGUUCACUCGCGCAAUUGUGGGAUGGGUCUAGGUGCUCAUUCGUUGUUUGGAGGCUGACAGACUAA